CAAGGGCGAGAGUGGCGGCAAGAAGACGGCGGCCAAGCCUCGGUCUCGGUCCCGGGUGACCAUCGACUUCGACAUCAAAAAUGGCCUCGAUUUCGACGACGACGACGACGAGGCGGAGUAUCAGCCAAGAACAUACAAAUGCAGCAAGUGCGGGAAGGAAGGCCACAACACCGCUACGUGCAAGAAGCACGCGACCAAGCUCGUGCCAGCUACAUCGAGCGGAAAGAGCCACCUUCGACAGGACGCGGCGCCCACGCCUUCGACCAUGCAGAUCGCCAGCAUUGUCAAUCCGACGGCCAGUACACGCUCGUCGGACUCCGAAUUCGAGUCCGACUCGUCCAGUGGCGAAUCCACCUCAAACGAGGCAGAACACGACGUCGACUCGCUCGGUUUCGCCAAGUGGCAAGUGAGUGCACCGAUGUCCACGGAGGACAUCGCGAGUGCAGACAUCGAACGUGGCACGUAA